AGAAACAAGGAUUCAGUCAAUUUUGCAUCGCUGACACACGUGAUUGCGCUGAAAGUUUCAGAAUAUUCAAAUUAAUCAAAUUCAAAUACAAACACAGAUACUUUCAAACCAAAUGAUGAGAUGCCCUGGUAGCUUCAAGGUUUAAGGUGCUGAGCUUAAAAUCUGGAAGUCCACAGUUUGAGUUUCCUGGCUGCUAAUGUCUUUCUAAUAAAGGCAAAAAACGGACCCCAUUAAAUGUCCAUUACAUGUCUUUAUCUUGUAGGUAGUUUAAUACAUGGAAUUUUGUCACAUACAUUCUCCACUUGUACACAAAGUCAACUAAUUCUCCAUCAUGUUUUGGGUAUUCGAGUAAAAAAAGACAUAUGAACAUAUCAACAUUAAUUUGAGGAUGCAGAUGAGUUUUCACAGGGAAAGUGAAUAUUUAUUGUUAAUCAUAUGUGAUAUUAUAUUCCUGGUUAGCACAAGCUACAAAAUCAAUAUAUUUUAUAUUUCCUUUGUUUGUCAAAGCUUCCUCUACAAUGGUGUCCUCUCAUGAAUUUAUGAUACAAACUGACGAUGUUGGUUCUGUAAUUUAAUCACUUUCUACAACACUAAAAAAGUUGCCUCAUAAUCAACGGGAUCCACAUAAGGCACAUAUCAGAACUAAAGCCAGAACUAGUUCAUCUUACUUUUGAUUCAAACUAAAAACACAAAGCACACAAAGACUCAAAAUGUCUCAUAGUUCACCAUUGCUGAAGGAAGCAGAUCAAGGAAAUGAUCCUGGAUAAGAGGAGAAAGAUAUAGAUAUAGAUAUCAGCAUGCUGUUGAGUUUGAAAGUGUGAAAGUUAAAAAAAUAAAAGCAGAACACUGAGGUGUAAACUGCUUCAAGAAGUUAUGAUAUAAAGAUAAGCUGUCUGCAUGUAGCAUGGAAACACAACACUGAGGUCAGUCAACACCAGCAGAAGUAGCAGGAAGUGGUGCAGAUGUACGAUCAUAUCCAAGAAGUACUGCCAGUUUUGGGGGGUUUACUGUGAAAACAACAUCCCUCCAAAAAACCCCACUGUGAUAAAAGUAGCUGCAGAUACAAAGUAAUCGUCCUCCACAUGAGCUGGUGCUUCUGCAGCCAGGGUCGAAUUUAGCACACAUUAAACAGGACGAGAAGACGAGAAAACCCAAAAUAUUCUCAGUUUACAGCAUGUAAAAGUGCUGAGCACACAGCUACUUCAUGCAAAAGUCCAGAUAGAGUCUCACUGCCACAGAGUGAAGUCAAGGAAAAUGAUCCUGGUUCAAUGUCGUUGGACAGUUUCAUGUUUGCUCAUCAACUCUAGUUAAAUAAGAGGAGUCCACAAGUUGGCAAACAGAACACGGGUGGAAAGAAUGAAGUGAGAUACUUUGUUGUCUUCAUUCAUGUUUUGUAAACUAAAACCAGGUAAACAUGGAAUCACUAUGAGUUUUUUAUGUAUGUUAAAGACAUGAAGGUAAAUCCUGUUUCACAUCAUCUCCAAAGCUGUUAUAACUGUUUAAUUUUGCAGAAAGACAAUCUUGUGGGUCUGUGAUUGUAUUAUCACCCAAGGAUGUACAAUGAAUCACAAAAUACCGCUGAAUUACAUGUAGAACAGGUCAGCUAACCUGUUGCAUUGGACCUGUACUGAGAAAUUAAUAUUUUAAUAAAUCUCUAAAUGGUUUUAAGGUCAAAUUCAUUUGCCGGUCCACUUCUCCUGACCACAUAUCCAAAAUAAUGCUGUCACAGCAGCAGUGAUGGUUCAUUAACAAAUGAUCUUUGUUCCUCUGAUGUCCUCCGACAGCGUCCCUCUCUGACCAUCAUGGAGGUUCUCUACAUCAACUCCUCGGUGCUCCUCGUCUCCCACAGACCCCUCAACUACACCGUCGCUGAGCGGACGGUGUACGAGCGUUGCAAAGACAUGCCCACUGUUCUCAUUUGGUACCUGGGCCUGCAGUUCAUCAACAUGUUCCUGGGCAUCCCGGCCAACCUCAUGGUGCUGUGGCUCAUCCAUAAGAACAAGGGGGACUCCUCCACCUCAGACAUCUUCAUCCUCCACCUGGCCGUACUGGACGUUCUCUUCUGUCUCAUCCCUCCGCUCGAGCUGGCCAACAUAGUCUUCCUCACCACCAGCAGCACCUGGUACGUCCUGCGGUUCUUCUACGGCAUGAAGGACUCCUCGCCGCUCUUCCUCUCCUGCAUCUGCCUGGACCGCUACAUGGCGGUGGUGCACCCCAUCACCUUCACCGAGCUCAAGGACCGGCAGCACCGGGCGGUCCUGGCCUUCAUCGUCUGGCUGAUCACCCUGGCCUACGCCGCGGCUAAAUGUGUGGGCAACAUUGUCAACUUCGAGAAGGUCUUCACGGGGAUGAUCCUCGCCGCGUUCAUCUUCAUGGUGUACUGCAACAUCGCCAUCCUGUGGGUGCUGAGGCAGUCCGGACCCGGCAGAGACGAGAUGCAUCCUGUGAAGAAGAGGGCCUUCAAGAUGGUCCUCAUCAUCCUCGCCAUCAUAGUGUUCAACUACUUCCCGCCAGUCGCGCUCUUCCCGUUCCAGCACUACUUCUCCCCCGACGUGUUUGUGUGCUACAUUCAUUACGUCGCCUUCGGCCUGAUGGACUUCAGCAGCAGCAUUCAGCCGAUGCUGUAUCUGUCCAAGGAGAAGGCGUGCAGCCUCAACUGCUGCCAGAGCGGCGCAACCCAGACCCCAUAGCGAUACAUGUUUGGUUUUCACGUGUGGCAAAAAUGUUCAUAUGAGCGUGACGUUGUUGAGAAACAUAGGACAAUAAAUUGUGUUUUUGCUUGAUGCGAUGUCGAAAAAAUGAUGAUUAUUAAAAGAUUUGUAUUGUGCAGUGGUUCCCCGUGGUUUAGAUUUUUAGAAGGCAGAAGUUUGAAACUUUGGGAAAUGUGCUUUCUCUCCAGUAAGAUUAGAAGUUUGACACCACACAGUCCUUUAAAUGUGUACUGCAAGCGUUCAGUUAGCUUAGCUUAGCACAAAAAUUGGAAACAAACAGCUAGCUUGGGUUUGCCAAAUAGUAACAAAAGAACACUUGCCAUGCACAUAAUUGUCACAGUUUAAAUACAACAGAUGAAACGAUGAGUCACUGAGCUGCAAUCAGUUGAUAUAGUGUAGACUGGAUUAGAUUUUGAUAAGUGAUUCAUUGUUGAGAUCAUUUUUUUGUGCAUAAAUUGUCAAAAAUAAUUGCUCAACACAGCUUUUAAAAUGUGAGAAUAUUCCUAUUUUUCUUGUCUAAUAUGAAAAUAGUGAAAAUGUGAAGUAAACUAAAAAGACACUGUUCAUUUAAAGACAGUUCUUUAUUCUUUAUUAUUAAUUACAUUUCUUUGUCAGAUUUUAUUCGUUUCGUUUUCUGAGCACCACAUAGGAUGUUCCAUUCACCUCAGGCCAUGCAAGACCAAACCUGCCUGCAUUACCUGUUAGAGACCACCAGAGGGACUAUAAGAAGGUUUUUAUCUGUACAUUUUGGAUGAACUGGUCCUUUAACUUCCCUUUUUAAGCAGCUCCCCUCACACUCACAGUGAGGCCAACUGGUCAAAAAUGUGUUUCCUUAUGUGGUGUAAAAAAAAAAACUGCCUUUGCAUUCAAAGCAUUAAAAUAAAGACUGAUUCUACCUCAGUUUGGCUUUAUAGACCAACAACACACGUCUCAGCCAUUAUCACUGCAUUAUUCUACUUAUCACUGUUGAUAUUGUGCCUUUUAAAUUGUUUAGUUUCUGUUUUAUUGAUACAGCAAUGUCCUCAGGUCUCAAUCUAAGUGUGACUCACCUGAUGAUAACAUUUUCUAUGAAUGCCCUGUGAAGAGAUUAAAUGGGCUCAGAUUUCCCCCAGGGUAUACAUGUUGGGAACCACUGCAUUAUACACAGGCACCUAUCUAAAAAAAAAUGCAUUGUGUUUGUUUUUACUGGUUGCACUGAAUAUGUACUGGGCAGGGGUGGCAAGCUGAAAACCUGCACAGACGGGUCAGUAGGCAGGGUGGACUGGGAGCUGCAGAGGUGACAGCUCACCUUCUGGCAUCUGACUGCAGGGCAAUCUCUCCAUACAUUCAUGUAUGUUAAUAGGGCCUAGUUGUAUGUGUGUUUUGGACCUGUUUAUAUAUAAUAUUGGAGGCGAUCAAUAUAGUAUGUCAUAGUCUUCUUC